AUGCCCAGCUUUUCCAAACCAGCAUCAGCACCAACUCCCAUACCAAUUAUACUCAACCCAAGUCCUUCAGGACCUUUAAUCAAAACGGUAUUGGGUGAUCGUGAAGGUGAUCUGGAAUAUUCAGUGGACUCUUGCAGGCUUGAUGUGGAUACAGCAACACGACUUGUGUUGAAUGAUGCACUUCGUGAUGCUGGUGAAACAGAUGUUGCCAAGGAAUCAGGAGACCACUGA